GAUGGGAACCAAAGCCCAAUUUCUCAUCUUCUUCUUCUUGUUUACAAUUCCAACUCAAUCUGCAAAUUCAUGCGAACCGGUAUCGUGCGACCAUAUCACCGGACCGGAAAUCCGGUUCCCUUUCCGGCUGGCAAACCGGCAGCCGGUCCGGUGCGGGUACCCGGGUUUCGACCUGUACUGCAACAGCCGAAACCAAACGAUUCUCAACCUCCCCCAAUCCGGCGAGUUCGUGGUUGACUACAUCGACUACAGAACACCGGCGAUAUACAUCGACGAUCCCGGUUCGUGCCUUCCGAACCGGUCCGCGAGCUUCAGCCUGUCGGAUUCUCCAUUCCGGGGCUCCCAUUUAUCGCAAUACGUUUUCAUCAACUGCUCCGAUAAUUGGGCGGACUACGACGCGGCGGCGUCCGGCGGUUACGUGGAGCUGUCUUGCCUGAGUGGGAGAAACAGCACGGUUUUGGCUGCGAUGAAUCGGCCGGGGUUUUCGGUGCCGGAGAAGUGCCGGAAGGUGGCGGAGGUUUCGGUUCCGUUGGCGUGGGCGGUUCCGCAGCUCUAUGGGUGGCCGAUGGAUUUGAGUGGGGAUUUCGAGCUGGUUUGGAGUGAGCCGCCGUGCGGGAGGUGUGAGAUGCAGGGCGGCGUUUGCGGGUUUGAAGGAGAUUCCGGUCUUCAGAUUGGAUGCUCCGGCAGCCGCUCCGCUAAAGGUCUUCCAAGAGGGGCCAAAUACGCCAUCAUAGUCGGAGUUGGGAUACCCGGACUAAUAUGCGCAAUCGGGCUAGCAUGUUACUCUUUCGGCUUGAUCAAAACUUUCCGUCACCGCCCAAACCCCAAUCUCCCCACAACCACCACAUUCUCCGAUCAACGGUCAAUCAUUAGGUCAACCACCGGCCUAGAUGGGCCCACAAUAGAGUCAUACCCUAAGACAGUGCUGGGGGAGAGCCGUCGGCUCCCAAAUCCAGCCGACGGCACUUGCCCCAUUUGCCUCUGCGACUACGAGCCUAAAGAAACCCUAAGGAGUGUUCCGGAAUGCAACCACUAUUUCCACGCUGGUUGCAUAGACGAGUGGCUUAAACUCAACGGCACUUGCCCGCUGUGUAGGAACUCUCCGGAGAGUUCGUCCACUUUGGACACGCCUUGUUCGUCGGGGGCUUUUUCGUCUUCUUCCUCGUCCACCACGUCGCCCGAACAUCGUUAGGCAAUUCUUUGUUGAUUUUUUUUUUUUUUUUUUUUUUUUUUUUUUUUUUUAUAAUUGAGCUGCUUAAUUCAUAUGUUUUGGUGGAUACAUGUUUGUUGUGUAUAUAUAUAUAUUUGUGAGUAGAACGAGCAUACCUCUUUUGAAAAUCGUUGUUAUUUUUUGUGCACUUGUAAUAUAUUAUGUUAAUGGAAAGACAAUAUUGGUAAUUUUUCAAAUUA